AUGGAGCAAGAUCAGAAUUACAGCGCGGUCGAGCAUCCGCCCGAUCUCACUGCUGGUGGACUUGUAAGAGUCUUUGGCUGCUCGACUUGGUCAGGAGGAGUAGCGCACGACUGUGUCGUCACCUUCUUCACCAGCGAUCACGGAAUAAUCUUCAACGCCCUCACGUACAAGAACGCCAUCGCCCAAGGCUCAGUGCGUCUGCGUAACCCGCUGUCUCGGGAAAACGCCGACGCCAAUGGCCUCACCAGACUCUUUUUCAACAUCGAUCCCAUCACGGCAAUCCUGGGCGACAAUGCCCUGGAUCAAGUUGGCAGGAUACUCUGGGUGGUGCGAUAUUUGCAGUUCAAGUAUGACCACCCGGGAAACAAUCCCCUGCCUGGUGGGCUUGGCCUGUUGUCGAAUAACCUGGGCAUCUCGGUCUGCAUCGACUUGCACACCAUUGCACAUUUCUUCGAGGUUGUACGUCUCCAAACUGACACCGGUCUCUGGAUAUCUUGCUUUACCGAAAACGAGAUGACGAGCCACCUCCUCAUCGUCACCGAGAAUUUUCUAGGAGAAGCGCAUUUCAAGCCGUACAACAACCCUAGCCUCCUAGAGCAUGUCGCCCUUGCCGUCGAGAGGGCCACCCACAUCGUGCCAGGCAACAGCAACAUGUGGUUCCCCAUAGCGCGUUUCUACUUCGCCAUGCUGCAAGUUCUGUACGCCGACGGCGGAGACCAAGCCAGGCGGCAGAUAUCGCGGCUCGCCCGCUACCACGGCUUCGCUUCGGCCUGGACGCAGGUUAGCAUCAACGCGCGGCCCCUCAACCCCGAGGGCAUCUUCCCACCGAGGAGGAAUGCGCAUUUUCUGCAGAAGCCGUGUGCCUGCAGGGGCUGCAGUAAGAUUAUCUGGCGUGGGGACUUCUUUCAGCUGACGAACGGGCUGGUCGCUGCCGGAGUGGUCCAGAAGUACGCGCUGGUGAACCCAUUCGACGGCUAUAGGAAGUUACUCUUCUCGUACGCAGACACUUGGCAGCUGUACCUGACGAGGGUCGAGGAGGGUUGGGAUCGCCUCAUCUGGCACUGA